AUGGACGCGGGCUUUCUAGAAGCGCUGGUGAAGGCGGGGAGCAUGAUCCUCGUGUCGGAGAUCGGCGACAAAACCUUCUUCGUCGCAGCGCUCCUAGCCAUGCGCCAGCCGCGGCGCUGGGUGCUGCUGGGCUCGCUCUCCGCCCUGUGGUUAAUGACAAUACUCUCUUCGCUCUUCGGCUGGGCUGCUCCCAACCUACUGCCGCGAUCAUGGACGCACGUGAGCACGACGCUGCUCUUCUUCCUCUUCGGCCUGCGCUCCCUCUGGGACGGGCUCACCAUGGACGCCGCCAGGGCGUCGGAGGAGCUCAAGGAGGUGGAGCAAGAACUGGACAAGGCAACCAUAGCUGCUGCCACGGCAAGUGCUCCACCCUCCACUACAGCACCACCAUCUCAACACAAGAGCAACGGGGUGAAUGGGGGCGGGCACGAGGGGAGCAUGAACGGGGUGGGGGGCCAGGGCGAGGAGGAGAGCAAGCACGGCAAGGCGCAGAGGCUGGCGUGGCACCGCUUCUUCUCCCCUGCAUUCCUGCAGGUGACCACUCUCUCCCACAACACCCUCCCCCCCCUCUCACACUUCCCAGUAGACUGUGAAGAUGGUGCUGGGUUAGACCCGGCCUGGAGGAUAGAGUUGGACUUAGGAAAGCAGAGAUUGACCUACCAUGCUCCCUCGUUAGUUGACCUGCCUUCUCUCUGGUGUUUCUCGGGGAGUGGGGCGACAAGAGCCAGAGGCCAUGCGGUGUGCUCGGGAGCAGCAGUGAUGGGGGGGCGGCAUCUGGCCUCUCGGAUAUCAGAGCGCACGGUUGCACUGUGUGCCGGUGUGCUAUUUCUUCUCUUUGGCGUGCAAGCCUUGUUGCAUGGCAGCAUGGCUGCUUGA